AUGCAAGAAAAACAAGAUGGUCAGGCUGAUUUGUUAACUCAAUUUAUGACAGAAACGAGGGCAUUUAUUCGAAGCUUGGAAACUCAGAUUGGACAGUUGGCCACGUUAAUGGCAAACCAAGCUCAAGGGAACUUGCCAAGCACUACUGAAGUGACUCCGAAGGGAAAUCUUAAUGAACAAUGUCAGGCUAUUACCUUGAGGAGCGGAUCAGUGUAUAAGGGACCAAGUAUGAAGAAAAAAGUUGAGCAGAAGAUGGAUCAACAGGCACCUACUAUUGAGGACAAGAAGACUAGAGAAGAGAAGGUUACUGAGAAUCCUCUAGCAAGAGAAGUGGUACCUCCGGUGUCUAUAGAUCAUCACAUCAAAAUUCCAUAUCCACAGAGACUCCAAAAGAACCGUCUUGACAAGCAAUUUGCAAAGUUCUUAGAGGUAUUCAAGAGGUUGCAUAUCAACAUUCCCUUUGCAGAAGCAGUAGAACAGAUGCCCAGUUACGUUAAAUUUAUGAAAGAUAUCUUAUCAAAGAAGAGAAAGAUGGAGGAUUACGAAACUGUGGCAUUGGCCGAAGAGUGUAGUGCUAUUCUACAAAGGAAGCUUCCACAGAAGUUGAGGGAUCCUGGAAGUUUCACAAUCCCAUGCACAAUUGGUAACUUUGAGUCAUAUCGAUCAUUCAUUCAUCCGAGGGGGAUCAUAGAAGAUGUGUUAGUAAAGUUCGAUAAGUUCAUCUUCCCAGCAAAUUUUAUGGUUUUGGAUAUGGAGGAAGAUACAAACGUGCCAAUUAUUCUCGGAAGGCCAAUUUUAGCAACUGGUAUGGCCUUAAUAGAUGUGCAAAAAUGUGAGUUGAAGUUGCAAGUGCAAAAAGAAGAGGUAACAUUUAAUGUUUUUGCAGCAAUGAAGGUUCCAACUUGUUGUUGA